GCUCACGGUCUCAGUGCUGAUGUUCUGGCUAAUCUGAGCCGUGUCAGUAUAGAGCCUCUGCUUUAAGACAUCUUUUGUGAGCAUCCAGAAGACAUGAUCUGCAUUCAGUGUAGCGAUAACAAACGGCAUGUCAUUCUUCAGAACGGAAGUGCAGCAGUCCUCCAGCACAAACACUUUCACCUUAUCGUAACAAUCUCAUUCUGAGUGGUUGCUGAGAUACUCAUGAACUGUCAAUCAUGAACACACAGAUGGGACUGCUGAGGAUGAUGACGCACCUUCUGUCCCAGAAGUGAUGCAAUGGUUGACUGGACACACAGGCACCUACUUCUGUCAUAGAGAGAACCUUUUUACUAUGAAGAACUUAUAUAGGCUAUUACUAUAUGAAGAACUUAUAUUACUAUAUGAAGAUUUUACUUGAAAGUACAUACUUUUCUUCAAUUCAUCAUCAGGUACAGGUAACGAAGAACUCAAAAAUUAGCAAAGACACUUCACUGGAAACAAGGAGUGAUAUUUAAAACACUUAUGUGGAAAUGCCACAGUUGGCUUUCAUUCAACCCUGAGUCAAAAGUGAGAAAGUAUUCAUACUAACUGAGAAAAAAAGGCCCAUCCCAGCCCCGGGCUGAGCUCCUCCUCAACGAACGCACUACCCUCAAGCAGAUUAAGAUUAAAUCAAGGAGAGUUGGUGCGGGUUCUCUAUCUCUCUCUCUCUCUCUCUCUCUCUCUCUCUGUCUCUCUCAAAAUCACGUUGUGUGUGAUAUGCAACAGGAUGUCACACAAUCAUUUGUAAAUGUAGAUCAUGUUGAUUUCCUCAGCAGGGCUGAUCGAGGGGUGUGUACUCUUGUCAGGAAGAGAACCCCUCUGGCAUUCCUGGGAACUGAAAUCCAUCAGGGCAUGACAGAGUUUAAAUAGGCGACACACACUCUCUCCCUGCAGAUUCACACUUGCUGGGACGUCUAUCUAAACUACAUCACCAGGAGAAGAGAAUACUCAUACUCUCAACAGCAACUAUGGCGCUUGAGAUAAGCAAAGUCGAGCUCCACGUCAAGGAAAACAAUAGGGAGCACCGCACUGAUGACGUAACCGUAAAACGUUUGAUGGUGCGGCGUGGCCAGAACUUCAAAAUCACUCUCAAGACCAAUCGGCAGUUCCAGCCUGAUACCGACACGCUAAUUUUUACUGCGGAGACAGGACCCAAGCCAUCAGAGGAAAAGGGCACGCGUUGCGUGUUUGGUUACCCAAAGUUGACGGGUGCAAAGAAAGCAUGGACAGCACUGGUACAGGAGAGUGGCCGAUCUUCCAUGACCUUGGCCAUAAGCAGCCCAGCUGAUGCCAGUGUGGGCUCUUACAAUCUGUAUAUGAGGGAAGGGUCACACGCCACCCCUCAAUCCAUCACAAAUAUGGUGCUCCUCUUUAACCCCUGGUGCACAGAGGACUGGGUGCACCUCCCAGAGGAAGCUGAGAGGCAGGAGUAUGUGAUGGCUGAGGAGGGCAUCAUCUACAGAGGAUCUGCUGACCGCAUCGGCCCCCUUGCCUGGAACUUUGGACAGUUUGAGGAGGAUAUGGUGGACAUCUGCAUGAAGCUGCUGGACAUGAACCCCAAGUGUCUGAGGGACCCUGCUGAGGAUUUCUCUGCCCGCUGCAACCCCAUCUAUGUAGGGAGGGUGGUCAGUGCUAUGAUCAACGCUAAUGGUGACCGUGGUAUCCUGGCGGGCCGCUGGCAAACACCGUACUCCGGCGGUGUGGCCCCCACCAAGUGGAGCAGCAGCGUGGACAUCCUGCGGCGCUGGUACAAGAGUUAUUACUCCCCCGUGAAGUACGGCCAGUGCUGGGUGUUCGCUGGGGUCAUGUGCACAGUUUUGAGGUGUCUGGGAAUCCCAUGCCGUGUAGUCAGCAAUUUCCAGUCUGCCCACGACACUGAUAAAAGCCUGACCAUCGAUGAGUACUACACAGACCAAGGGGUUCGGCCUAAGGAGAGCCAUGACAGUGUGUGGAACUUCCACGUGUGGGUAGAGGGAUGGAUGAAGCGGCCGGACCUCUCUGGGGAUUCUACAUACGAUGGCUGGCAGGUGCUGGACCCCACCCCACAGGAGCAGAGUUCAGGAGUGUUCUGCUGUGGUCCGUGCCCUGUGAAGGCUGUUCUGGAGGGACACACCGACCUGAAGUACGACAUUCCGUUUGUCUUCGCUGAAGUCAACGCCGAUCAAGUCAUCUGGAUGCUCAUGAGAGACGGCUCAAAGCACAGACUCCACACUGACAGCUCUCAGAUUGGCCAGAAAAUCAGCACUAAAGCUGUAGGCGCAUACAGACGGGAGGACAUCACAGCCAGCUACAAAUACCCAGAGGGUUCUAAGAAGGAGCGUCUGGUGUUUGAGGAAGCUGUGAGGAGAGGAAACGAACGCAAGCCCUGCCCUGAGCUGCCACUGAAUCCUCCCGCGCUGAAGCUGGAGAUCACAGACGAGAAGGAGUCAAUUACGGGACAGGAUCUGGAGCUGAGUCUGCUCCUCCAUAGUGAUCACUUGCGGGAGCUCAGUGUGCAAAUCAACGCUCAGGCCAUGAGGUACACAGGCGUGCCCGACAGCCUGGUGUACAGGGAGGAGAAGGAUGUCCUGCUGCAGCCCAAGCAGGACCUCAAGAUUUCCAUCCGGAUCCCAUUCUCUUUAUAUGGGACCAAAAUGCUGGACAACAGCAGUCUGAAGGUCUCGGCACUGGUGCACGACAAGCAGCACCCAGGAGAUGGCUACCUAGCUGUGAAGAACAUCAUUCCGCAGGAGCCUACAAUCACCAUCCAGGCGCCCAGCACAUGUGAGCAGUUUACAGAGAUGACGGCGGAGGUCAUCUUUGAAAACCCCAUAUCCAGCACAGUCAAAAAUGGCAUCCUUACGCUAACAGGCAGUGGGCUGUUGAGUCAUACCGUGGUGGCCAGAGUUCCGGUGCUUAAGGCUGAUCAGCGCGUGCGUCUUCAGAUCCCUUUCACGCCCUACCGAGCCGGUUCCAGGAAGCUGAUGGCAGAUUUUGACUGCGACACCUUCAGGAACAUGAAAGGCAGCUGUAAUGUGGAGGUCAAACCCAACCUGGUGGUUUGCCCACCCUGCACAACCUUCAACGGGUUCAUUUCUGGAGCAUAAAUGGGCAAUGGGGGGCUGAUAGAACCACAUAUUGCCCUUUUCCUGUUGAUAUGAACUGAGUGCUUAUAUUAUUUUAAGUGUUUGUCUCACUUUUUAGUGUUUGUCUCAGUAAGAGCAUAUAGCUGAUUAGAUUCUCAUUAGCUCAUUAGAUUCUAUCAGUUUACACUGUCCAACACACACAUACACACACACACACUUACACAUAUGCACACACACUUACACAUAUAGACACAAACACUCACACAUACAUUCACAUCAACGUCGAAGUGUUAAGUAUCCUACAGAUUAAAGUGUAAAAUAAUUUACAGAUCUAAGUUUUCAAUAGAUUUUUCUACUGAGGAUAGUUUGUUUUGAUUUCAAAUCAUUGUGUCCUGAAAAAAAUCCUGUUCUAAUAAACUCGCUCAGACUGACA